UGGCCCUGAAUGCGUCGGUAGAGGCACAGUCGGACUGGACACAGAUGCACCACAUCUGCUAUUGGGAACUAAUGUUCGCCAAUGCGUGCGCUGGCAAAUGGGACAAGGCUGGCGAAUAUUCCACUUUGCUAUUCAAAGAAUCAAAAUGGUCAAAGUGCAACUUUAAGUACAUGGAGGCAAGUUUCAAGUACAUGGAAUUGACUGAAGGCGGGAGAGAAAUCACUGAGAAGGAGAAGGCUGAUCUUCUCAAGCAAUACAACGAGGUGGCUGAGUUUAAGCAGAGGAUAGCUGGCAAGUCAAUCCCGUCUGAGAAGUUUGUCAUCCGGAAAGCGCGCAAGUUCAGCCUACAGAACGGGUACUUGAUGCUGCCAGGCUUAGAGAUUAUGAUCCACUGGAAUAUCCUGCAGUACAUGGACAACUACUAUUUACAAUCCACACUCAACUUAGUACUCAAAUCCAUCGCCACGAUGCAGAAGCUGUACGAGCAGACUGCAGCG